AUGUCUCUCUUGCGGUCCUGCAUCCGACCUUCGACUUACCCACUCGGCUCCCUCGCAUCUGCGCUUGCGUCCCGAAAAGCACCCGCACUUCGCCCACAGCCUCGCUUCUUCUCCAACAAGCAAGUGUCCGACGAGCAACUCCUCAAAUACCUGCGAUCCGGCUCAGCACCUUCAGCAGAGAUGUCCGACGCCGAUCAGCAAAAGAUCGCCUCGCUGCAGGCCGAGAGGGCCGAGCAGGACUCGAAAGUGCAGCAGCUCCGCGCUUCCAACACAGACCAGACGACGCUCAAGGCCGAGAUCGGCAAGCUGAAGAAGCUCGAGGCGCAGCUCGCCGCGCUCGGUCUCGGCUCUUCCAAGGCGGGCUCCUCCAAACAAGAGGUCAAGUUCACGCUCAAGACGCCCAAGGGAACGCGCGACUGGGAGCCGCUCGCCAUGUCGCUUCGCAAGCGCAUCUUUUCGACCAUCGAAGAGGUCUUUUCCGCCCACGGCGCUGUGACCAUCGACACGCCCGUGUUUGAGCUCAAAGAGAUCCUCUCCGGCAAGUAUGGCGAGGACUCGAAGCUCAUCUACGACCUGCAGGAUCAGGGUGGUGAGCUGUGCUCGCUCCGCUACGAUCUCACCGUCCCCUUUGCGAGGUUCGUCGCCAUGAACCAGUCCGAAUACGGCAACGUCAAACGAUACCACAUUGCCAAGGUCUACCGUCGCGAUCAACCAGCGAUGAGCAAAGGUCGCUUCCGCGAAUUCUACCAGUGCGAUAUCGACAUUGCGGGCGUGUACGAUCCCAUGGUGCCCGAUUCCGAGGUGCUGUGCAUCCUCGUCGAAGCACUCGACGCCCUGGGCAUGGAGGGCUUCACCAUCAAGAUCAACCACAGGAAGAUCCUCGAUGGCAUCUUUGACAUCUGCGGCGUCCCCGCCGACAAGAUCCGCACCAUCAGCUCGGCCGUCGACAAGCUGGACAAGAGCCCCUGGUCCGAAGUGCGUCGGGAGAUGACCGUCGACAAGGGCCUGGCCGAGGACGUGGCCGACAAGAUCGGCGAGUAUGUCAAACUCAAAGGUGGACGAGACCUGUUGGAGAAGUUGAAGACGGACGCGACGAUGAUGGGACACAAGACGGCGAGUGCGGGAGUGAAGGAUAUGGAGCUGUUGUUUGACUACCUGGAUGUGUAUGGUAUUGCGGAUCGGAUGAGUUUCGACCUGAGCCUUGCGCGCGGGUUGGACUACUAUACGGGACUCAUCUACGAGGCUGUCACGUCGGCAUCUGCGCCUCCUGGGUUCACGGGCGAGCCUACCGCCGGUGGCGCGGACAAGACCCUCAAAAAGAAGAAGAAGGGGGGCGACGACGACGAGGUGGACGAAUCCACCGUUGGCGUCGGCUCCAUCGCCGCCGGCGGUCGAUACGAUAACCUGGUCGGCAUGUUUUCCGGUUCCAAAAAGCCCGAUGCAGUCCCCUGCGUCGGCGUCUCGAUCGGCGUCGAGCGCGUCUUUGCCAUCAUGAUGCAACGUCUUCGCGAAAAGGAAGCCGCCAACCAACGCACCAUCCGUGCUAAGGACACCGACGUCUACGUCAUGUCCAUCGGCGGCGAGGGGUUGCUCAAGGAACGCAUGCAGGUGAGCAAGAUGCUCUGGGACGCAGGCAUCAAGGCCGAGUUCAUGCACAAGGCCAAACCCAAGCUGCCGGCGCAGUUCGGCGUGGUGGACAAGGAGGGCAUUCCGUUUGCGGUGAUUCUGGCGCCCAACGAGUGGAAUGGCGAGACCAGGGAGGUUAGAGUCAAGCAGCAGAAGGGCAAGGAGUCGGAUGAGGGACAGGGCCAGGGUGAGGUGGUCAGGUUGGACGGGUUGGUCGAGUAUUUGAAGGGCCUCGGUGCGGGUAAGGGCGCUGUGGCGCUGAAGGAGAGGGAGAGCAUCAUCUAG